CUGUGGCUGGCAGGCUCUAGGGAGCUAGUUCUUUGGUUCUGUUGAAGAGGCAUGUGUUGAUGAAAAAGAGUUAGGAACCUAGACCUUUCCCAACAUGACAAACUACAGCAAGAAUCUGACCUGCUGGGCUGAAGCCCAGGCUGUGCUGUCUGAUCCAACCUACCAAGUCUGAGGCUUCAGGGAAGGGCUCUGACUCCAAAGGGCCUGAGGUUACAGAUGAAGGAGUCAGUGUGUGGUCUGUGAUGGGGUGACUGGUUGGAGUGAGGCUGAUGAUGGGGACCAAGGAGGGGUCGACCCCGAACUCUGAUUCUCAGCCCAGCACUUGGAUGAGAGGCCCUGGCCUGUGUGCUGGCCUGCUGGGCUCCCGUGAGUGGGAGGAGGGAGUGGCAGACCCUCUGUUCUCUGAGGCUCAGGAACAAAGCAUUUUGUUCCUCAGAAACGUGAUAGUGUUUCCUUCUUGCCUUUCCAUAGGAGCAGGACCUGUGCACCAGAGAAAACAUCAAAGACAGCCCCAGGACUCAGAGACUUGUGGCAGGAGGCUGGAACUCAGUGUCCUGAUGACACCAGAGAGGAGGGAACCACAAAACAAGGCUUUUUUCCUCCCACCCAUCCAACCCCCUCAGCACAGGGGCUCCUCACGCUCAGGGGACACUCCCUCCUCUCAGACUCCCUCUAUCCAGAAACCUUUCUAGCCCCUUCUCACCUCUGGGCUGUCCUUGGCCUCAGGCAGGAAGAAUCCUGCCCCUGCCCACCUGGUCUGUGCACUAGUCUUUCCUCUGGAGCAGUCAGAGGGUUGGAGAUCAGCCUGUUCCUUCUGUCCCCUUUGCGUUUUCACCAGAGGGUUGCUCUGGGCCAGCGACACUCAGUAAUAGUCUCUCACCCAAGGACCAACUGGACCUCUGGUUCUGUAAGUCUUAUAGCUCAUGGGCUGGGUAAGGCCAAGAGCCUGGGGUGGGCCAAGGGAGGAGGAGGAGAAGCCAAAGAUGGCUGCCCAGCUGGGUGACCUUGGGCAAGAGUCUUCUCUCUCUAGGCCAUGAGGACUUAGGCUGGAUGACCUCUGAGGCACAGUGCAGCUCUUAGGGUGUAGGGGAAGGCACACAGGGAAGGCUGGGGGAACACUGGAGGCUCUGGGUGGGGGUAGCCAGCCCCUCCAGGGCCACCUCUGUCUUCAACCACCCUAACUCUACCUGCAGGAGGAAUGGCACCCCUUGUGGCCCGACUUCUGUUCCUGCAGCUUGUUCUAGGGCCGGCUCUGGCCAUGGACAUCAGGCUGCAGGCUGCCAUCAAGAACUUCCGCGACUUACACAUCGACUACCCCAAAGUUAACUUUCCAGACGGUUUCCAGGGCUACUGUAAUGGCCUCAUGGCCUAUGUGCGGGGCAGAAGGGAAAACUGGUAUUGCCCAAAUAUCCACUAUGUGGUACAUGCCCCCUGGAGAGCUGUCCUGAAGUUCUGCAAGUACAGUGAGAGCUUCUGUGAGAAUUACAAUGAAUACUGUACACUCACCCAGGACUCCUUUCCCCUCACGAUCUGCUCUCUGAGCCACAAACAGCCUCCUAUGAGCUGCUGCUACAAUGGCACCCUAACCAACCAAAGGCUCUACCUGCUCUGUUCCAGAAAGUAUGAUGCUGAGCCGAUAGAUAUCAUUGGCCUCUCCUAGGCAAAGAGGCUUUUGGGCCAAACCACUCCCUCCUGCCACCACAGACCAGCUGUCCCCAGUCCCCAAAUUCCAAUUCCAGGCUUCCUCUCUGGCUUUAGAGGCAGUCAGGGUCCCCCCAAAAAGACUCUGCAGACCAUACUGUCUCCUAGGCUCUUUCUGACUUGUUUACUUCCUGCCCCCCAUCAGCCUUUCUCUCCCCCAGACAGUGUCACCCACCCAAGAAGCUGAUUCUGUCCAGUUGGCAGUGACUGUCCAUCCACAGGGCCAGAUCCUGAAUCCUGGAUGGAGUCCCAGAGCCUCAGCACACACCAUGGCAACGGGCACCCAGCUGCAUGUCUCAACACCCACCACCAUUCUCUUCUCAGUCUUCCCCAUUUCACGUAUGACUCCCUCCACUCACUCACCCCUCCCCAUGGUGGGCAUCUCCAGCUACAGGAACCUCCCCGAGGCCCUCAGACUCACCUUCGUC